AAGCGCUAAGAGCUCUCGGACUCACAACAACUUACAAUUUACUACUCUUUGGAUUAUAACAUAAAACUUCAACAUGUGUCGAGGACUGGACUCACUGCCGAUCACCUGCCUCGAACGGGCAAAAGAGCUUAAAGCACUGUUUGGAAAUUUUCUGCAGAAGUCAGAUCACUGCGUUACAGCACAGUGCAAGAAGAAUGACAAAGCUAGGUUGAACUUAGAGGAGCCCCUAAAGUGGAAGGAGUCCUUUGACAAACUGUUAUGCAGCCAAAAUGGUCUCUGCCUGUACAGGGCUUUCCUUGUUUCCGAAUUCAGCGAGGAAAAUAUUGCUUUCUAUUUGGCAUGUGAGGACUAUAAGAACUCCAAACCCUCUAAAAUGUCAGCAAAAGCCAAGAAAAUCUAUGAUGAGUUCAUCGGCUCUGAUGCACCAAGAGAAGUUAAUCUCGAUCACACCACCAAAGCCAUCACCAGAGCAAACCUGGAGAACCCCACCGCAUCCUGUUUUGACUUGGCCCAAGCCAAAAUCUACACUCUUAUGGAGAAGGACUGCUACCCACGCUUCCUCAAAUCUUCCACAUACCUGGAGCUCAGCAGAAAGGCCAAGACGGGCUGAACAUUAUGUGAAAAAGAAAUGUCCACUGGAAAAGAAAAGUUUCCCAAAAAAUGGAAACAAGACGCACAACUGAGACUACAGGCGCUCAGACAGGACAAAUACCUCAGUCGCAGGGGCAUGCUGGGAAAUAGAGUUCUCUGGAGAUUGGUGAAGACUAGUGUUAAUGCUUUAUGCUGAGGAAUACUAGUUAAUAUGGACUAAUGGAGACAGUCGAUUAGAAUACGCAGACUUUGAAAAUGGGAUGUCCUGUACAUACCAGAGUGGCAUACGUUUCACUAUAGACACUUUAAUUUAUUUCAAAGACGUAUUUAUUUGUUAUUUAUUUAUUGUAUUAAUAUGUCAAGAAAAAGUACUGUAUUUUUACCUAAACGAGACAAAAUAAAUAAAUUAAAUAUAUUUUUUGUAGAAA